CCAAAAUUAUAUUGAAUAUUUUUGGGGUUUUUUUCCAAAGCAUAAAUAUGGCAGACUUCCUAGAACCAGAAGGGAUAAUAAACUGGAAGGAAAGAUGCAUGAUUAUGGAAUCUCAGCUAAUGAAGUUUCGCCUCCAAGCAAGCAAAAUUAGAGAGUUGCUUGCAGAGAAGAUGCAGCAACUUGAAAAACAAGUUAUUGAUGCAGAUCGUCAAGCAGAAAAAGCUUUUCAGCAGGUGCAGAUUAUGGAGGAGAAACUAAAAGCGGCUAAUGUCCAAACCAGUGAGUCAGAGACACGCUUAUAUAAGAGAUGUCAAGAUCUGGAGAUCCUGGCUCAAGAGAAAGAUGAUGCUAUACAGAACCUGGAACAACAGCUUGUAGAGCAGAAGCAAAUCAGAAUACAAGAGGCUAAAAUUAUAGAAGAAAAAGCAGCUAAGAUUAAGGAAUGGGUGACUGUCAAGCUUCAUGAGCUAGAAACAGAGAAUCAGAACCUCCGCGUGAUCAAUCAAAACCAAACUGAAGAGAUUAAGUUGUUGCAGACUAAAUUACAAGAGCUUCAAGGGAAGAAGUCUGUUUCUUCAUCACAGAAACUUGGAGAAGGCCAGCGACUGAGCAGUUUGACUUUUGGAUGCUUCUUAAACCGAGCAAGAAGUCCUCAGCAGGUUCCUAAACCUGAAGAUACAAGCAGUUCUGCCUCAAAGCAAGUUGAUCUUAGCGAAAGCAACAAAAAUCUAGAGAAUGAAAUUCAGGAAACAUCCCUUCCUGGCCAAACACAUGGAAAUAAUAGAGGUCUGAAACCAGUACAACAAAACUCUUGCAUACCUGAACAAGGGAUGUCAGGAAAGUCGAAAGAUAUAGAUAAUAGUAUAUCAAAGAAUUCUUGCAUUACAGUAAGUGAUUGGAGCUCUGAUGAAGAAGGAAGCAAAGGAAGAUCGAAAUCCAGAUGUGUAUCUACAUUUUCAAGUCACACAUCUGAAGAAGGCACAGGGUACAGCAGAAUUGGGAGUGAAAUGUAUUUGACAGCAUCAGAUGACAGUAGUUCCAUGUUGGAAGAAGAAAGUUUUCAAGAUCAGGGAAGCAUACGUAAACUAUAUUCCUGGCAACAAGUGUCUUCGUGGAAAAAUCAGAACCAUCUAGUUGGAAAGAGCAACUUGGAAUCAUUCAGUGAAAAUAAAAAUCAUGAUAGCUUUUCAGAUGAACUGAAUAAGAGAUUUCAAUCCCACAGGCUAGAUUAUUCAUCCUCUUCUAGUGAGGCAAAUACUCCAAGUCCAAUUUGGACCCCAUCUUUGGUUCCAAAGCAUCCAUCACUGAUGCUGGCAGCAAGCUUUCAGUCUGGCAAGCAGCUUGAUUCUCCAUCUAAUCUGCCACCUCCCAAACUGAGGACUCCUAGUGCUUUUAUUCUAAGUACAGCAUUGGCCAAAAAACAUUUUAGCCAGCCUUCCUUGUGUUCAGACAAAUUGUUUGGCAGAAACAGAAAUGCUAUAAGCAUGAUACGUCCUUUUAAGCCUCAGGAAACAGACAUUGAUCAGGUAGAUGGAGAUGGCACAGAGGUUUUUGAGAAGUUGGAGAUUAGUUGUAAUGAGGAAUCAUUUACUUACGACUGCUGUGAAAUGAAAGAUAUAGAAACCCUGGAUUCAGGUGAUCCAAGGAAGAUGAUGAACAGUAAGCCUCCUACUCCUCCGCUGCAUAGAUUCCCCUCUUGGGAAAACAGAAUAUAUGCUGUAGCCAAGUCAGGUCUGUGCUUUUCUGAGGCUUUCAGUACGGACUCCUUCAAUAAAAGUUCCUCUUCUUCAACUUCAUAUUCUCCAUCAGGACUCUACACAUCAUUAAUAUAUAAGAACAUGACUACACCAGUCUAUACCACUCUUAAAGGGAAAGCAACACAAAUCAGUAACAACCCAUUCUUAGAUGACUCCUCUGGGUCUGAAGAAGACAGUUCCCGAUCCAGUUCACGGACAUCUGAAUCAGACUCUCGAAGCAGAAGUGGUCCUGGUAGCCCACGGGCUAUGAAACGAGGGGUCUCUCUCUCUUCAAUGACUUCAGAAGGUGACUAUGCCAUUCCUCCUGAUGCCUACUCAACUGAUACAGAUUACUCAGAACCAGAACAAAAAUUGCCUAAAACCUGUUCAUCAUCUAGUGAUAAUGGAAAAAAUGAGCUGCUGGAGAAAUCUGGAUAUUUGUUAAAAAUGGGUGGUAAAGUAAAGACUUGGAAAAGACGAUGGUUUGUACUCAAAGGGGGUGAAUUGCUUUACUAUAAAUCUCCGAGUGAUGUGAUAAGAAAACCCCAAGGUCAGAUUGAAUUAAGUGCAUCCAGCCGUAUUGUAAGAGGUGAUGGGAAACAAACAGUUCAGCUGACUACAGAAAAACGAACUUAUUACAUGACUGCAGACUCCCCAAAUAUCUUAGAAGAAUGGAUCAAAGUAUUACAGAAUGUUCUUAAAGUACAGGCCGCAAGCCCACUUUUUAUUCAACCAGAUGUUAAACCAGCGGUGAAAGGCUUGCUGACUAAGGUGAAACAUGGAUAUUCCAAGACAGUGUGGUGUAUGCUGGUUGGGAAAACUUUGUAUUAUUUCCGCAGCCAAGAAAACAAGUUCCCCUUGGGCCAGAUAAAACUAUUAGAAGCUAAAGUUGAAGAAGUGGAUCGAUCUUGUGAUUCAGAUGAAGAUUAUGAGGCCAGUGGUCGUAGCCUAUUAUCAACACAUUUUACCAUUGUCAUCCAUCCAAAGGAACAAGCUCCCACCUAUCUUCUAAUAGGAUCCAAGUAUGAGAAGGAUACUUGGCUCUAUUAUCUCACUGUUGCUGCUGGAAGCACAAAUAUAAAUGUUGGGACAGAGUUUGAACAGCUUGUCUGCAAACUGUUAAAUACUGAAGGAGAACCCACUUCUCAAAUCUGGAGGCAUCCUACUCUUUGUCAUAGCAAAGAUGGAAUUACUUCUCCUCUUACAACCCUUCCAUCAGAGGCCCUGCAAACAGAAGCUAUAAAAUUAUUCAAGACAUGCCAGUUGUUUAUCAAUGCUGCUGUGGAUUCCCCUGCUAUUGACUACCAUGUGUCUUUGGCCCAAAGUGCAUUGCAAGUCUGUCUCACACAUCCAGAGCUUCAGAAUGAAAUCUGUUGUCAGUUGGUAAAGCAAACAAGACGACGCCAGCCACCAAAUCAAAUAGGACCAGUUCAGGCCUGGCAGCUUUUAGCACUCUGUGUUGGACUCUUCCUUCCACAGCACCCAUUCCUUUGGCUCCUCAAACUUCAUCUGAAGAAGAAUGCAGAUUCCAGAACUGAAUUUGGAAAAUAUGCAAUUUACUGUCAACGAUGUGUAGAAAGAACACAACAGAAUGGUGACAGAGAAGCCAGACCAUCAAGAAUGGAAAUUCUUUCAACACUUCUAAGAAAUCCCUACCAUCACUCCUUACCUUUUAGCAUUCCAGUGCAUUUCAUGAAUGGCAUAUACCAGGUUGUUGGAUUUGAUGCUUCUACCACUGUUGAGGAAUUUUUGAACACGCUCAAUCAGGAUACAGGAAUGAGAAAACCAGCGCAGUCGGGAUUUGCUUUGUUUACUGAUGAUCCUUCUGGCAAGGAUAUUGAGCACUGUCUUCAAGGAAACAUCAAGAUCUGUGACAUUAUUUCUAGAUGGGAGCAAGCCUCUAAAGAGCAGCAUCCUGGAAAAUGUGAAGGCACAAGAACAGUUAGGCUUACUUACAAAAACAGGCUCUAUUUUUCAGUACAAAUCCGGGGAGAGACAGAAAGAGAAAAGCUGCUGUUAAUGUAUCAGACAAAUGAUCAAAUUAUAAAUGGGUUCUUCCCUGUAAAUAAAGAUCUGGCACUAGAAUUGGCAGCACUUCUGGCCCAGGUGGAAAUUGGAGACUUUGAAAGACCCUUCUCAACUCCAGCAGGUCAAGUAACUUCCCAGUCAAAAUCUAAUCAAACUUUAAAACAAGUUGUAGAGAAGUUUUACCCCAAAAGGUACAGAGAUAGCUGUUCAGAAGAACAGUUAAGACAACUUUACCAGAGAUUAUCAACCAAAUGGAUGGCUCUUCGUGGGCAUACUGCUGCAGAUUGUGUGCGCAUUUAUCUUGCUGUGGUACGGAAGUGGCCUCUCUUUGGUGCCAAGCUAUUUGCAGCAAAACUUCUGACAGUAUCCACAUUAGAGAGCACUUUGAUAUGGCUUGCUGUUUCUGAAAAUGGUAUUAACAUUCUUGAAUAUAACUCCAUGAGGUUAAUAGUGACAUAUUUAUAUAAGAAUCUAGUGACCUUUGGAGGUUAUCAAGAAGACUUUAUGCUGGUGGUACACAACAUGAAUACAGAAGAGAAACAUACUGAAAAAGUCUUGUUUACUUUUGCCAAACCAAAGAUCCUUGAGAUUACUCUACUGAUUGCCAGCUAUAUUAACAAUUUUCAUCAACAGAAGAGAACAGAUCAUGAAUUUUCUGCUCCAGUUUUACUGUCUCCACAAUCAAGAAAUCCAAAAUCUAACGACACAGAAUGUCAUCCAUUUUUACUGCAAAACAGACCAACCAAAGGACCUACUUUGUUAUAAAAAGUUCAAAUAUCUAUGAA